UUCACUCAACAAAUGGGAAUGCAAAACAAAAUGUCAGAGAAGAACAUGAGAAUGGUCUACUUUCUCACCGUUGCGACUGUUUAUCUCGCUGUUUGCGGAGGAAACACUGCAGAUGCUCAAGCAGGACCAGUGUUACGGAACUCCAUCAGGCAUCUGCCCGCCGCAUCCAGCCCGAGUGAUGCGGUCAGCGUGAGUCCGCGCAUCACGGGCACCGGAGACAGUGACGCUCCGGCGUCACCAAAAUGCGCCGUUGACGCUGAGUGCAAGUUAGGUGAAUUUUGUUACGGCUCUCGGGGAGUUUGUCAUACCUGCCGCAGGCGGAGGAAGCGCUGCGUCCGCAACGGGAUGUGCUGCGCUGGAAAUCAAUGUAUUAACGGCGUGUGUCAAUCUGCUGAUACAGAUGGUAUUGUGAGGGUAAAUGCCACCCAGCAGGUUGGCAAAACGGAUGCUCCUACUAUGGUGGUCACACGUGGACACAACAUCACAACAGUGCCACAUCCCAGAAGAAACACCAUCCAAACAAAACCACAGCAACCAGUGAAAGGUGGCGAGGGCGAGACAUGUUUAAGGUCCUCAGACUGUUUGGACGGGCUGUGCUGUGCCCGGCACUUCUGGUCACGGAUCUGUAAACCUGUGCUGACGGAGGGGCAGAUGUGCACGCGUCAUCGGCGGAAAGGGGCUCACGGCCUGGAGAUCUUCCAGCGCUGUGACUGCAGGGCUGGUCUGACCUGCCGAGGCCAGAGAGAGAAAGCCGGAGCAGAAAGCCGAAACCUCCAUACCUGCCAACCGCGCUGACACUGCAUAACUGCUUUCACAACACACGCAUGCAUGCAGACACACAUGCAGUGUGGAGACAAAGGAAAACUGACUCCACGGAAGGAUGCACCAUUAAAAGGACUGAUCACAUUUCCUGGACGGAUGCAGAGAAACUGCAUUGUAUGGAUGUUUCUAUAGUACACUCUGCUAUUUAAGACUUUUUUCCUGGGUCAUCACAAAAGGCAGAAUGCUUUUGUUUCCCUUUAUAAGGAACUUCUUAUUCUUCUUGCAGUAAAUUACUGUAUUGUAAAUACGUAGUCAGAUAUUGCACUUAACUCUGAGCAUAUGGAUUCUAUAAAAGUAGCAUUUUAUGAUUCCCACACUCCCAUUUUGUAAAUAUGCAAGCCAUAUGGUUUAGAUUGUGUUAUCAGUACUCUAUUUUUAUUUCAAGUAAAUUGUAAAAAUAAGUGUGUUAUUAAAAUAUAUUAAUGUAAUAAUAAUAAUAAAUGAU